UGAAAAUUACUUAGAUUGCAUUAAAAAUGUAAUUUUAGAGGUUAAGAAACAGUAUGCAAUCCCAGAGCACUUAAAUUUUUUAACUUUGGUCCCUCAAUUAGGAAUUGGGUGUCACUUUUUAAUACGGACAUUACAUCUGCAAUAAAUCAAGGUGGUAAUCUUUCUGAAAGAAUUAACAUCCAGCGGGGUUGCAGACAAGGGGACCCAUUAUCCCCUUAUAUAUUCAUUAUAUGUGCAGAAAUACUAGCAAUUCAAAUUAGAUUAAACAAAAAUAUUAAAGGAAUAACUGUGAACAAUACUGAAAAAAAGAUUUCUCAAUUAGCUGAUGACACUUCUCUUAUUCUUGAUGGUAGUAAAGAAUCCCUUGCGGAAACAUUAAAAACAUUAAAGAGUUUUUCAGAAAUGUCUGGCUUACAUAUUAAUUAUGCCAAAACUCAUAUAGUAUGGAUAGGCUCCAAAAAGUAUAGCAAUGAAAUAUUACUGCCAAAUUACAAUCUUAACUGGGGAACUACUAGAUUUACCCUUCUAGGAAUACAUUUUGAUGUGGAAUUGGAUAAGUUACUAUAUUUAAAUUAUGAUCCCAAGCUAGUACAGAUUAAAUCAAUACUUAGACAAUGGGAGAAAAGGUACCUAACUCCAAUUGGGAAAAUAACAGUCAUUAAGACAUUAGUUUUACCUCUAUUAAAUCACAUUUUAAUGUCAAUACCAAAUCCCACUGAAUCAUACUGCAAAGAAUUAGACAAAAUAUUCUUCUCAUUUCUAUGGAAUAAUUCAAUUCAUAGGGUUAAAAAAGAAGUUAUUAUUAAAAAUUAUGAAGAUGGGGGAUUGAAAAUGUUAAACCUAAAGUCUUUUAUAUCAUCUAUGAAAUUAUUUUGGAUAAGACAGCUCAUUUUUACAAAUAGGGGUAUGGAACAUCUCAUUCCAAAUUUCAACUUAGACAAAUUUAUAAAUUGUGGAAUUGACUAUGUCACAAUCUAUCUGAAGACUUUGAAAAAUAAAUUUUGGAUAGAUGUUUUCAAAUCCUGGAUAAUACUACAAAAUCAUGAGAUAGUAUCUGAGGUUGCUGGUGACUCACCUCUGUUUUACAACCCAAUGAUUCGUAUUGGGGGGAAACCCUUUUAUAAUAAACAAAUGUUUAACAACAACAUUAGAAGAGUUAAUGAUAUUAUCAAUGAAGAUGGUUCUUUUCUAAGUUUUGAAUCUUUUUGUAAUACCUAUCCCAUGAUUAAGAUGAAUUUUUUAGAAUAUAGUAGUAUUAUUCAUGCUAUAAAAUCUUGGAUAAAAAAUUCUGGCCUUGACAUACCUAUUAAAAAGCUAGAAAACCCAUUAAUUAUGAGAAUUAUCUACAAGGUGAUGAAAUGUCACAAAUCCAAAUGUUUUUAUGAAAUUCUUAACCAUAACUCCUCUAUGUCAACAGGUAAAACAAAGUGGAGUGAGAUGUUACAGAUUGACAAUAAAGAAUGGAAAAAAUUCCACAAAAUACCCUUCAGAGUGACAAAAGACUGUAAACUCCAAUGGUUUCAAUAUAGAAUUAUAAACAGAAUUCUAGCAACAAAUUCAUUUUUAUUCAAAAUUAACAAAAAUGACUCUAAAUACUGCAACUUUUGCCUCUCAGAAGAAGAAACAAUAGAACACCUUUUAUGGGAAUGUGAUUAUACACAAUCUUUUCUAGAAGAAUUUGUAAUUUUUCUUGAAGAUAAGACUGGUCUAGUCAUUAAUAUUACAAAAAAAUCUUUUAUUUUAGGUUACAUUGAGAAUAAUACUGAUAUUCAAAAUACUAUUGCCCUUUGGCUGAAAUAUUAUGUUUACACAUCAAGAUGUACUAAGAAAUCUUUGAAUUUAUGUGCUGCAAUAUCACAAAUGAAGUUUUAUUAUGAAAUACACAAAUUUAUAUCUUAUAGAAAUAGUGGAAAAGAAAAAUUUGAUGCCCAGUGGAUCAGAUGGAACCAACUUUUCUAUUAAACUCUCUCUUUCACUACUAUCUCUCUCUCUCUCCUCUC